AUGUCUGUUACGUUUGCUUCUUCGAGCGUUGCUUCUUCAAGUACUACAUCUAGUGCACCACCGGUUGCUGUGAGUGUUGCUCUUCCAGACGUUGCUUCUUCAAGUAUCAUACCUAGCGUGCCUCUGGUUGCUGUGGAUAUUGUGGAUAUUGUACCUUCUGUGCCUCCGGUUGCUAGAGAUAUUGUACUUUCUGUACCUUCUGUGCCUUUGGUUGCUAUGGAUAUUGUACCUUCUGUGCCUCCGGUUGUUGCGGAUAUUGUACCUUCUGUUUUCACUCGUCCUGGUAAGAAUAUCGAAGGUAAAUAUUUCAUUAUUUCUCCUUAUCUAUCGUUACAUUUUUAUAACUGA